CGCAGAGAGCGGCGGCAGCCAAUGCUGGAUAAGGCUGAAAACAACCAGCAACUUUUUCAGCUGGAUCACUUGAAAAACACAGACGGAUCUGUUUUAACCCUCUCCCUUUCUAGCCGGGGGAUAUUUUGGUGAUCUAUUGGGGGGGAUUAUUUUAACGCCAGGAGAGCAAGCCUGACAGCAAGGUCUCUGCUACGGACGCAUCUAUUUAUAUAUUUCUCUUUUUUUGUUGUUAAUGUCGGCACAGUGAUGUGAAUACAAUACAAUUCCAGGAAUCCACCACUUCCUGGAAUAGAUUAAAAGGGAGCAAACAAAAGAUUACUUAGUAGUGGCUUCCCCCCUCCCAGAGCUUCAAGAUUACUUCAAGAGCCAGCGUCGAGGCGAGCUGCAACUCUCUCUGCUCACUUCUUCCACGCGUUUAAGACUUGAGAGAGAUUUAUUUAUUGAGACGUAUUUAUUGAUUUUUUUCUUUCCAGUUUUUGCUGGUGAUUUUAUAAGCCGCCGGGAAGGAGAUGUCUUUCCUUCUCUCAUAGUCUUUUCUUUUCCCCGUGUAAUUUUUCUAAAAAAUAUUUUUUCUCCUCGGCAAGAGUUCAAUGGAAAACUGCUAAGGUUACGUACCUUUUCUUACUCGUAGCUUGCUGAGCAAAGACUUUCUGGAUACCUCAAACUCUCUGCUUUUCAGCGAGUGAUCUCCAAGGUGCUUUUGAGAAGGCUUCUGGGUCUUCAUCCAGCCUUCUUUUUUCCGAGUGACUUACUGGCCGAUUGUGGUACCUCCUGUUUGGGAACAAAAAACGACCAUAAAGAAGACAACCAAAAGAGGGAGAGCUUUUCCCCCAGUUCCCCGAAGACUUGAUGCUCUUUCCUUGGUCCUGGAGUGACAUGAUCCUCUGUGUUCAAGGAUCCCAUCCUUUGCUGGCAGAGGAGAAGAUCAGGAGCCUAUCGCUUGGGGGCCUUGCAGCGAAUCUGUCAGAGCAAGUCAUGCAGCCUCUGUCAGUCGCACCCUUCCAAGAAGAGCCUGCUCCGCCCUUUGUGGCGCCCACACCGGACAACAGCCCGCCUCAAGCACGAGACCCAGAAGAGGAUCUGCUGUGCAUUGCCAAAACAUUUUCAUAUCUGCGGGAAUCUGGCUGGUACUGGGGCUCUAUCACAGCCAGCGAAGCCAAGCAGCAGCUCCAGAAGAUGCCCGAGGGGACUUUCCUGGUACGGGACAGCACUCACCCCAGCUACUUGUUCACCCUCUCAGUCAAGACCAACCGAGGCCCCACCAAUGUACGCAUUGAAUAUGCCGACAGCAAGUUCCGGCUAGACUCAAACUGCCUCUCCAAGCCUCGCAUUCUGACUUUUCCGGACGUGGUCAGCCUGAUCCAGCAUUAUGUUCUUUCCUGCACCGUGGAGAGCAAGAGCGACGCGCCUUACCCACCUCCCAUGACUUUGCCUCCUAUGCAGAAGGAGGUCUCGGCCGUGCACCUGAAACUCAUCCAGCCUCUCAAGCACAGGGACAGCCCUCCCAGCCUCCAACACCUCUGCAGGCUACGGAUCAACCGGUCGACUGCCGAGACAGACCAGUUGCCUCUACCAAAGAGAAUGAAUGACUAUUUGAAACAGUACCCUUUCCAGCUUUGAGGGUGCUGCUGGUUUGCCUCAAGAAAGACAAUAGAAGCAUUUUUUUUUUAAAAAAAACAACAACACACAAAACUUUAUACAUAAAAUAAAAAUUAAAAACCUGAUGGGACAGCGAUGGGGCUUUGUCCCACUGACAUGGUGUGGUAUUAUUUUAAGUGGGCACAGUAAGUUAACGGCCAGCAUAAGAGAUGGCAUCCAUUAUACCCUCCCCAUAUUUUCUCCGCAGCUAUCCUAAUUCCAUUCCUGUGCCAAGGAAGUGGUGCUGGAAUCGGGGCCAUUCCAGUGCUCAAACCUCCGAGCUUCUCUUUAUUUUCUGACUUUGCCUUGGAGGAAAACACACUUGGCAUGUGCACACUACUUGAAUUUCAGAGUCACCAUCACACCGGGAAUGUCGAAGCAUUGUUACUGUCGUUAUUUAUAUCCAUGGUCACUUUUAUUCUUUUUCACUACUACUAAGUAUAAUUUAGAUUAUUACUAUUAUUAUUAUUACUACUACUACUGCAUUUGCUUCUUUUUCAAACAAACCUGUAGCUAUCCAUAGUAACCCUUGGGGGACUUUGAAUAUCGACCAGUUAGGUUGUCUUGCUGUAGUCUUCUCCUUAAUCCAGAUGCACUAGAAGCCCAUGAAAGGUUGACCCUAGUCAGCUGUCAACAUCUAGACUUCAGGUCCCAUCAUCAUAGCACACAGAAUACUUCCUUCCCUCCCAAACAAGCCCAUUGGGCUCGGACAAAUGAGCGUAUUUUUGAAGAGGACACACCCAUUCUGAAGUAGCCAGUUAUAUACUAAUGAUUUGCUUUUUUAAAAAAAUAACACAGUGACGGCUCCUGAGUACCCUCCGCAUGGGGCUGAAGCAUUUGUCUUGGUGGGAUGAGCCCAUCUUCAGUACUGAGUUGCAGACAUAGCAGAUUUAUAUACAUAUAUUUAUAUAUUUAUUUUUUUCCUUCCUUCCUUUUGGGGAAGGAACCCAGCAGAAAACAGGGCACCUUUCUUCCACCAUCCCAAUAGUGGAACAGCCAACCAGUUGGUUCUUAAGUUUUUAUGUCACUGCUUUGUUUAGCACCAUGUGGCUUCAGAAAGAGCUGGAUUCUGUUGUUAUUCACUACACCUCAUUGUCUAGGGGGUAGCUUGACUCGUAGGUUGAAGCGGAUAGUUGCUUUUUGAAUAACAUAGUGAAAUCAAAAAAGUUUAAACUUCUUUAAUGUACCUUUUUUUUGCUUUCCUACAGUUUGCCUGUGGACACUUAAUCAAUUUUUAUUCUGAUCCUUGUAUAUGGGGAAGGCAGGGUGAGAAAGAAGCAAUCAAGUGUUACCCCAGCUUCCAUCUGGGGUACCAUAUCCAGGCAGCUCUAGCACACUUUGUAUUUCUUAAGGAGCUGGUGGUGCCCAAGACCCCAGAAUUUGCUGCUCCUGGGCCAAGAUAACAAGCUUGGCAUUCAUUCUGCCUUCCUCUGCUUUUUCAGGCUUGUGACCUGAUCACUGGGGGCAGAGGACUUGUACAUUCAAACUAGAACGGUUGGUCUCCCAUUAUAUUUCUAAAUCCUCAAGACAAUGAUGGACACACUUUCCCCAUAAGUCUAGAGCUGAGCUGGAGACAAGAGAUUUCUGCUGUGUCAAGAGACUGAGAUUCAGGUAGGGCUAAGGCCCCUUUGCAUCAGAGACAGAGAACCUGAAGCCCUCCAUGUAUUGUUCAACCACAGCUCCCAUAAUUCUUGACUGUCAGGCCAUUUCUGAUGGGGCUGGUGUCCAACAACACACCGGAGAGCCACAGUUUCCCUGCCCCCAACUUAAAACAGGCUUCACCAUCCAAAAGCCUUCCAAAUGAUUUUGGGCUACAUCCACUAUCAGCCAACAUCUGUGCUGGCUGGGGCUGAUGGAUGCUGUGGUCCAAAAUGGCUGAAGGGCACCAUGUGGGUGGACAAAGUUCUACAGAGUAAUUUGAAAGACAUAUCAAACC